AUGCGAACCGUUUACACAUCUGGGGGAUUUUCCCUUCUAAGCUUGUUUGCUUUUUCCCUAACAGCCAUCGCUGCAACUAUAUCUACAACAGCAACAGGGCCGGGUUCUUCUCUGCCUACUCUGGGUCCAGUUUAUUAUGCGAAAACACCAAAGCUGUCUAUUGAGUACUAUGACUCGGCGCCUAAGAACACCAAGGCGCCCGUCGCCAUACUCGCCCAUGGAUUCCCAUAUUCAAUUGAUACCUACGUCGAUGUUGUCCCAAAGCUCGAGAAAGAAGGAUAUCGCGUUAUCGUCCCGUCUCUUCGAGGAUUUGGUAAUACAACAUUCCUGUCAGCGACCACACUGCGCAGCGCAGAACAAGCUGCCUUGGGCAAAGACAUCAUCGACUUGAUGGACGUUCUUAAAAUUGAAAAGGCUGUCUUUGCCGGCUAUGACUGGGGAACUGUCGUUGUCAAUGUUGCAGCGGCCCUGUGGCCAGAGAGAUGCUCAGGAAUGGUUGCAGCAAACUCCUACCUUAUUCAAAAUCGAGCAACAGCCUGGAAUGUUGCCCCCGCGAGCUCGUACCCAGUCAAAUGGUAUUACUACGUGUUCCUCACUCCCCCGGGGUACAGCUCGCUCGCUAGCGACACGAAAGGCUGGGCCGAAGUACUCUGGUCGAAAAAUAGCCCAAACUGGACCUACACCGAAGCGCAAUUAGAUGCUGCAAGCCUUGCUUUCCACAACCCCGACUAUGUGGACAUUGCGACCAACUUUUAUCGCAAUCGCUUGCUUUAUGCCCCGGGAGAUCCUAGUUAUGCAGAGCUAGCGAACAAGCUGGAUACGCAGCCUCUUAUCACUGUGCCAUCUGUCACCCUAGAUCCGGAUCAAGCUGUCGUGUUUCCGGCUACGAACGGGAGCACUACAGCGAAGUAUUUCGCAGGGCCGAGAGUGCAUCACAUUGUGAAGGGUUGUGGUGAAGCCAUACCACUGGAAAGGCCCGAUGUUUUUGCAAAUGCAAUCUUGGAAGUUGCAAAACUUGGCAGUCCACGUUAG